AUAAAGAAAAGUCUUCGUUUCUCCGGUAGUUGGUACCCAGAGGUCGUUCUUAUAAGGCAGGCUUAUCAGUUCACAUUCGCUAUUUGAAAGACUAAAACCUACCAAAUAGAAAAUGAAACUUUUUGUGUUGGCUGUGAUUGCCGCUUUGGCAGCUGGAGCAAAUGCUCAAGGAUACAAAUGUCCACCUAAAGAUGGCCAGUAUGAGGAUUCAAGGCAGUGCGACAAAUACUACGAGUGCGUAGAUGGUGAAGCAGUAGCAAAACUUUGUCCUGAUGGACUUGUUUUCGAUCCAUUGAUCAGGAAACGGAAUAAGUGCGAUCAACCCUUUAAUGUCGACUGUGGGGACAGAACUGAAUUGCAGACUCCACAACCUAAAGGACCAUGCCCAAGGAGAAACGGCUUCUUUGCCCAUGAAGAUCCCACUGUUUGCAACAAAUUCUACAACUGCAUCGAGGGAGAUUUUACUGAAACCACUUGCACUAAUGGUCUUCAUUUCGAUGAAUAUUCUGGAACUUGUGUUUGGCCUGAUUCUGCUGGAAGGCAGGGAUGCAAAGAAACGUCAAAUAUUUUGAAAGACGGUUUCCAAUGUCCAAAAGACUCUCAGAAGGACGCCAAUGGCGUCUUAGUAGUCCAUCCUAAGUUUGCUCAUCCCACUGACUGUCAAAGAUUCUACGUAUGUUUGAACGGCAUCGAGCCUCGUGAUUUGGGUUGUCAAGUAGGCGAAGUUUACAAUGAAGAGUCGCAAAGGUGUGACGCCCCUGAAAACGUAGCUGGAUGUGAGGAUUGGUACAAAGACGACCCAGCAGCUUCAUCUAAACCAUCAAAGAAAGCCUGAACUCUUAGUGAUAUUAGCAACUAUAUAUUUUUAUAUUUUAUAUAAUAAUUAAUGUCUAUUCGAUUCUCUUAAUUUAUUUUACUUCAUAUUGAUUGGUUUUACAACCUAGUUAUCUGCAAUCUAUUCCAUUUUCUAGAUGUUCUCUCCUGAUUUGCACAUUUGCCUUACUUUUUGUUUCCAUCUUUGAUCCUGAGCAUUUUAUAAACUUUUUCAAAAGUAUAUUAAGUUAACUGUAUGUUGCAAUAGUGUUCCGUAGGUUCUGAAAAAGUGUAUAAAGAACUGAUUUGUGUGGUGUGAAUGAAUAAAAACUUCGUUAAUAAACAAUAGAAAUUGAAUCUUUCA